AUUCAGCUCUAUCCCGCAGACCAAAACAAGCCAGGUGAGUUAGUGGCAAACAAGCGAUAUUUUGGUGAAUUCCGGUGCCAUAAGUGCCACCGGCACUGGUAUUCGGCCGCGUGUUGGCUCGGAUUUAAACAACGGUGCAAUGGUUGUGAUCAGUGGUCAGACCCAUCAAACAUGGUAAGCGAAAUGAUACUACGAAUCUCACAUAGCCGCCUGGAGAGCGCCGGGGCAGUCGCGGCCAGCAAUGGCGGCCGUGACGUACCGAUCGGCGCUUUA